UUCCAACCGCGUUUCGUCGUUAGUGACUUACGUAGAUUGUAAGAGCCAUCAACCAACAAUCCGCUAAAACGGCAGAUAGAGAGGCUCACACAUACUGUGCCGCAUUGCAUGGGGGUCUCAAUCGCAAGUCCAGGGGUCCUCUUUUAAAAGGCGGGAAUCCUUCUUGACAAUAGUUUUCGCCUUUACCUCACAAGCUCUUCACCCCAAGGCUCAUUGUCUAUGGGAAUAUCUGUCACGAUGGCGCCCAUAGUGACUUCAUUGCUGGCAUCGCCGGCUCUAUUCCUUACAGUUUACUUUUCUUUACUUCCCAUAUCUUUAGUGGUGUAUCGCCUGUUCCUACAUCCUCUAGCCAAGGUCCCAGGUCCGAGGAUUGCUGCUAUUACCAGUUUGUGGUAUGUCUUCCAAGUGAAGAAGGGUCGCAUGUUGAUCCUUAACAGAGACUUGCAUCGAAAGUAUGGACCGGUGGUUCGAAUUAGCCCCAAUGAAAUCUCCUUCGAUUCUGAGGAGGCGUAUCGGGCAAUCUACACCGGAAGCCACUAUAUUCAGAAGGGGGACUUUUAUUGGGCGCUGGACACCCAUCCCGGGAAACUCGACUGGCGUUUCCGCCGAGAGCAAACUGAUAAAUUCGCGUUGAACGCCGAAAUGGACAUAAACCGUUAUCGAAAUAAUAGGAGAAAUAUUGGUCCAACGUACGCUGCAUCUUCCGUCAAGAAGUAUGGCCCUCGAUUGGACGGAGUAAUGGAUGAGUUCGUCGCGAAGUUGCAGACGCAGGGAGGACAGGUCCUUGAUUAUACCGAUUGGGUUCACUUAGUCGUUGUUGAGUGCUUAGGCGCUGUCACCCUCAACUGGUCCCCCGACUUCGUUAAGGAUGGAAGUGACCAUGGUUAUCUCGUCAAGAGCAUCAAGUUCUGGCGAGAGAUUACCGUUUUCGGGUCUCUUAAGCACUUGCUUCUCGUUGUCCAAAAGUGGCCAGCUCUACGACCCAGGAUAGCCAAGUUCUUUGGAGUGGAUAUGAGCAACAUGCCAGCGGACUAUGUCCCAUUCGAGCCGCGAAUUUUUGGAAAUAUCGGCAAGCGUACCGCGGAGUUUCUCGCAUCGGAGAAGCAAGGGAAUGCAGAAGAUGCUGAUCAAGACAUGCUAGGCGAGCUACUAGAACUUACAAAGAAAAAAGCAACUUGGAAACCACACUACGCGGGAAAACUGGCAUUCAACAACUUCAUUGCGGGCCACGAGACGACUACAUCGAUCGCGACUGCGGCGUUGGUUUCUAUCUGCGGUAACCCCGAAGUAAAGGCACGUGUACAGGCUGAGCUAGAUGAAGCCGAUGGUGAUAUUGAGAAGUGCACGUAUACGCAAGCUUGUAUCAAGGAAGCACUACGAAUGGAACCAGUCACAUCGAUGGCACUAUGGCGUAAGGUUCCCGCGGGCCCGGACCUAAGCUUGCACGGAUACAACUUUCCCUCUGGAACCACGGUUGGUGUCAAUGUGGCGGCGAUGCAUUUGAACCCAGCUAUUUUUGGACCAGAUGCAUCAGAAUUCAAACCCGAGCGUUGGCUCAAGAGUCCCGAGGCUUGGCGUUCUCUCGAUCGCACGAGUUUGGCUUGGGGUGGAGGUGCCCACACUUGCCCGGGGCGGCCCCUGGCGGAAUUGAUGCUUAACAAAAUUGUUGGUGCCGUUAUGCAGAACUUCGAUGUCGAAAUCGUGGAGAGACCUGAUAUAGAAUCCAUGGACAGCUACACAUACAUCGCGCUAAUGACCGGGAUUAGGGCGCGGUUCCUGCCGAGGCAGAAAGCCGAGGCUUGAAGAGCAUGGGACAGAAUUGGGAACUCGAGGAUUUUGUGCGUGUACAUGGUUGUACAUAAGACGCUGUGCAGAUGCCUGGGCGGUGCUCAGAGGCCUGGGUCAUAGACCGUUAAUAUUGGAUUUUACUACCGCCUAUAGUUAUUGUUACACAGGUGGCUAAGGGAAAUGGAAUUUGAACUAUCUUGGAGUUGGAUACUUAUCUGCUAUAGGGAAAUGGUGGGGUCAUAGUGUCAAAGUAGUUGACAUACUUCUACGAUGAGUGAGGACAUACCCAAGAUAAUGAGUUUUAUAGGUAUCCAGUUUUACGGAUAAUACUGCCAAAUUUGAAUGAAUUACUUCCAACUAGUAGAAAUUUUA